GUGUGUUGUGGACUCGUGGUGCUGGCUGCCGCUGUUCAGGCGGCCGGGAACGGGCGGUGGGGAGCGGGCGGAGCUGGCCCUGCCUCUGCCUGGCCGGCGCCGCAGUCGGCGCGGGCCGCGCCCGCCGCCGCCAACUGCCCUGAGCGCUUGCUGAGGCCGAGGGAGACGUCGGGGCCUGCACCUGGAGGGAGCCUGCCGCGCUGGCCCCGAGGAGGGGGCGUUGCCAUGGCGACAGCCUCUCCCGCUGCUGACGGGGGGCGGGGGCGGCCCUGGGAAGGAGGGCUGGUCUCCUGGCCCCCCGCCCCUCCCCUUACUCUCCCCUGGACUUGGAUGGGCCCGAGUUGGGGGCAACACCCCGGGCAUUGGGGCUUUCCAGCUCUCACAGAACCUUCAGCAUCCCCAGCUGCCGGUCUUGGCAUCUUCGAAGUAAGGAGAGUUUUAGAUGCUUCUGGAUGUUCAAUGCUAGCACCUUUACAGACUGGAGCAGCUCGAUUUUCUUCGUAUUUACUUUCAAGAGCAAGAAAAGUGCUGGGCUCCCACUUAUUUUCUCCCUGUGGUGUUCCGGAGUUCUGCUCCAUAUCCACCAGAAAGCUGGCGGCCCACGGCUUUGGCGCAUCCAUGGCGGCAAUGGUGUCCUUCCCUCCCCAGAGGUAUCACUACUUUUUAGUGCUGGACUUUGAGGCCACGUGCGACAAGCCACAGAUUCAUCCUCAGGGACAAAAAAGAAAGAAGUUUAAAUGGAAGCAGGAAAGGUUGAGAUUUGGGAUGAGAAUGAACUGCCAGAAGAGACAGCAAAAGGACCGGAAUAAGGAAAUCAUCGAGUUCCCCAUCCUAAAGCUAAAUGGCCGGACCAUGGAGAUUGAGUCUACCUUUCACAUGUAUGUCCAGCCUGUAGUCCAUCCACAGCUUACCCCAUUCUGUACAGAGCUCACUGGGAUUAUUCAAGCCAUGGUGGAUGGUCAGCCAAGCCUGCAGCAAGUGCUGGAGAGGGUCGAUGAGUGGAUGGCGAAGGAAGGCCUCUUAGAUCCAAACGUCAAGUCAAUUUUUGUCACCUGUGGAGACUGGGACUUAAAAGUCAUGCUCCCAGGCCAGUGCCAGUACUUGGGCUUGCCAGUGGCGGAUUACUUCAAGCAGUGGAUUAAUCUGAAAAAGGCUUACAGCUUCGCCAUGGGCUGCUGGCCCAAGAAUGGACUUCUAGACAUGAACAAGGGCCUCAGCCUGCAACACAUAGGCCGGCCCCACAGCGGCAUUGACGACUGCAAGAACAUUGCCAACAUCAUGAAGACACUCGCCUAUCGAGGCUUCAUCUUCAAGCAGACAUCGAAGCCGUUCUGAUUGGCCGAGGACAGGAUGGGGCAGGACAGGGUAGCUGUUUGGCCUAGCCCAGAAUCCUCCUCUCCCUCACCAGAGGGGAAGAGGGAGAGUGGCAUAGCUCUGUGUCCAGAGUGUCCCCAGCUGCCCUGUGGGCUCAUGCCCUUGGCGUGGGCUUGUGCCCUUGCAAGGGCUUGGCCACUUGGCCCUUCUGGAGCAGACACUUUGUGCCCCCCAUCCCCACCCCUCAAUCUCAGCCCAGUAUCAGCCCCUCCCAUUGCGGGCCUGGGGUAGGGGGACCCAGGCACUCACCGCCUCCUCCCUGGUACACAGGCUUCUGUGGGGCCACCAAGCCCCCCCUGUGCCCCCUCCCAUCCAUAGUGCAUGGUGUGUGGUGCCCCCAGGGCUCCAGGACAGAUCAGGCCCCACCUUGUGUCUACCCCCAUCCCCGCUGUGAACGUGCCACUGAAUAAAGUCGGGGAAACGAG